AUGAAUAGUCCCCGAGUUUACGAGUUAAUUGGAGAAAUCCGAGGCAAAACCCAAGAGAAGGUUUACCAAGGAAAACAGGCUGGGAGUGUUUAUUAUCGGUUAGAGUGUCGGAUUGAGAACAAAGACGGGAUAAAGGAGAUUUUUGCUUUUCAGGAAACGAUAAAAGAUGGAGCAAUUUGGCAGAGCAUUCAGCAAUGCCAAUAUGUCGACAAAAGAUACUUAUUUUUUUCACGAAUUAAAAACAUUGAGAAAAAAAUACGGCAGACUUGUAAUGUUUGCUUUACGACUUACCAAUUAAUCGAGAACCAUAUCCGAUUAAGAAGUAAUCAGCAAGAACAAUGCCUCGGCAAAUGUUUGGAGAAAUGGAAUAAGAGCCUCCAAGAGCAUUACGAAGAAAGAGCAUUAAUCCACAUUGCCAAGCAAGAGAAGAAAAAAGACGAAGAGGGGGAGAAAAUUUGA